AAUAACAGAACAGAGGCGAGCAUCGAACUGCUCCUGAAAAGCCAGCGCCAGUCGCCUCUCGUCUCGCCUUCCUUUUGCGUCAGUGAUCGGAUCGGUUCGCUUCUGGCUUCCUCAUAUCUUCGUCGAACUUCUACUUGAACCUCGACUUUCGGAUCUCAAUCUACCAAAGCGCGUGAGCAAAAUUCAGAAUGAAGCUGUGUUGGAGUUUGGUUAUAGUGGGACUCGUUCUGUCGAUAAUGAUCACCACAGCAACCGCGGAAUCCGAUCUGUGGGAAGAAGAUGACAAGGAAGUUCUCGUACGGACAGUUCGCGCUACCAACGCUCAACGCGGAUCCGGCAGCUCAACUUCGUGCAGAUAUUCCAAAGGUCAAUGGUCAGAAUGCGAUGCCAAGACUAACACACGGACACGCACUCUUAGUCUGAAGAAGGGAGACAAAUCCUGUGAACAGAAUAAAACCAUUCAGAAGAAGUGCAAAAAAGGCGUGGCGGGGAGCACAGCUUGCCGGUAUGAAAAAGGCUCGUGGAGCGGCUGUGUCAACCAAUUGAUGACAAGAAUCGACUCCGUGAAGGCCAAUAGCGAUGCUACUUGCGAAAAAACGCGUCGUUUGACAAAGAGGUGUAAACCUGAGACUAGCGUCAAGAAAACCAAAGGUGAUCGAUCGAACAAACAGAAAGCAGCAGGCAAGCAGUAAAACUCCCUAAGAAAAUCCAUCGUUUCACAUGCCAUUGGCGGCGAUCAUCUUUCACAACGAACAAUGAAAUCAGAUCCUGCUGUUUUCUCAGUGUAAUUAUUGAACCAUCAUCCGACUGCAGAGUUGAAAAAAACUCAAAAAUCAGAUACGCGUAUCCACAGAAAGUCCAACAUCGCAAAAGGAACUUCUGCCACAGGCGAUCAUUGCGAUUAAUCUCAUCGUUCUUAAACGAUCGUCGUCAAUUUUGAGAGCAAUAAGAGUCUGAGGAUUGCUUCCAUUUUCUGUGGCCAAAUAUAUAUAUAUAUAUAUAAAAUAUAUAUUAACUAGUAAUUUCCGGUGCAAUUCGCCUCUUGUCCAUUUCUAUUGAAUAUCCUCUGAGCUCAAAAGCGACGUCAAUUCCCAACUUACCAAGGGCGAUCGUUCUAGUUAUCAUUGUUUAUCCUUUCAUUUUCUGAAAAUAUACGUAGAAAAACACAAAGAUGUGCGGUGAAUUGAUUAGAUACAAUGUUAGAAAAAUCGCCAGAGAAAUUGUACAUUUGUUCGACAGAUCAUGUCGGAGGACUUUACCCGAAAUUCCGUAGAUUCCUAGAGAAUUAAAUCUGAUUCGAGAAAAAGUAGAUUAAAGAGAACUUUAUUGAAGGUGAAAGUGUUCCGACAAGAUUCUGAAAUGGGCAAUAUUAAUAUCAAGUAGUCUUUUUACCAUAUCAAGUUCCAACUCCGGUUUGAUAGCUUUCAUUUCAAUAAGCAUUUAAUUAUCGUUAAGGAAAAAGGAAAAAGUUUGCAAACUGGUCCUCAAGAUUGUAAGAUUUUCAAUUUCAGUAUUUUUGUAUUGAAUCGUUCGGCAAUUUGCUUUUGAUUUAGACACGUUCGAACCUACGAGCAGGCAACGCCGUUGAGCAGGAAAAUCAAAGUCAAGUUGAAUGUAUCAAACGCUUUGCGAUCUUCCAUACAUAAUCGAUUAUCGUUAGAAAUGUAUGAUAUAUAAUUAAUUGAAGAGUGUCUUUUUCAAAGAGCUCCUAUCAAAAGUUCUCAAAAAUUUGAUUUUAUUAAAUCAAAACCGAGAUAAAGAGUCAAAUUAUACAAAAGUUAGUCAAUGCAAGUAGUUUGGUGUUUUUUGGAACACCAGUUCUCAGUCUAGAUCACUUAUACCAUAUCAUCAUCAAAAUAAAAUCUAUUACUAGAAUAAAAUAGUUACCUAUGUUCUGCGAGGACUCUUCCGAUCAUUGUCGAUAGAUGUCUGAUAAAGAUUAAUCAUACUUACUUCACUUCUCUGUGUAGUUUACCAAAUUCCCGUGAAAAGACUUCUCUUUAAAAUUAAAUCAAAAUGAAAUUUUGAUAUUCUGUGCUAGACAACAUUUGAGGCUUUUUAAGGGAACUUUAAAUGUUUUUAAUGCAUUGUAACAUAGGAAGAAUGCUUUACGUGCUUGAUACGACUAGAGAUUGAUUUCGUCGAAUUUUCAAUAGUAGAAGUACUCAUAGACUUUUGACUCUCAUUCUUAGCGAAAAGUGUACGUUAAUAAAAAGAAGACUCGUUCAAUACACAAAAACCGUGUUAAAAAAUAAUAGAAAUUCGGGGCUUUCUGGGGAAAUUUUUUAGACAAUGUACAUCCCCACAUGGAUCGAAAUUUUCGCUAAGACAUUUUGUAAUUAAGCUCGUUAGUUGUAGUCGUCGCCACUCUUAAGUUGUGCAAUUUUAAAUGUUAAGUUUUUGAGGGCGUCACCGCCAGUGACUUCUUUAUAAAUGUACCUACCUAUUUUGCUAUUAAGGCGAAAAGUUCGAACUUAAAAAAUGAAGAAAAAGAAAAAACGGAAUAAAGAAACAACAUUGCUGCGACGAAGACAGUUACUUUUCGAGAUUUUAUAUAGUUAGCGAAAACAAGACGGAAUCCCAUCAGUUUCGAUAUCGUGUAAUCUAGUGAGGAAUUUAAAAAGGAAUUAAAACUUCGAUGCAGACAUUUUCUUUACUAACAUUGUCAUUUAAAAAAAAUGAUGAGAACGUAUCUACUAAACGAACGUGUAACUAUUGCACAUGUAACACAAACCCGAUGUUGUCAAUAAAAAUAAAAA